AUGGCUUUUAAAUUUGUUGUCUUAUCGGCUCUUUUGGCUGUUGCUAGUGCCGGCUAUUUGGCUCCUGUUCCCACCCAUUACGCAGCUGCCCCGGCUGUAUAUGCUAAAGUUGCUAAUCCAGCUGUUGAUGCUGUGGCUUCUACACAUCAAAAUGUUGUACGCUCUUUUGACGGCACUGUAUCUCAGUACUCGAAAUCAGUUCAAACUCCUUACUCCAGUGUCCAUAAGGAAGAUACACGUGUAAAUAAUAAUGUUUAUACACCUACAGUUGCCAAGACUGUUACUUAUGCUGCUCCUGUUGUUGCCAAGACUGUAUCUUAUGCUCCUGCUCCCACCGCUUCUGCUGUCUAUACCACGCACUCAGCUCCUGUGUAUGCUCAUCAGGAACCAGCUCAUGCUGUCUAUGCUUCAUCUGCUCCACACACAGUUUAUACUCACGAACAACCUGCCCAUGCUGUUUACGCUACAACUGCUCCUCACACAGUUUACACUCACGAACAACCUGCCCAUGCCGUCUAUGCUUCAUCUGCUCCCCACACAGUUUACACUCACGAACAACCUGCCCAUGCUGUUUAUGCUUCUCCUGCUCCCACUGCUGCUGUUUACACUCACCAACAUGAAGCUCCAUCCGCAGCCACUACAACCUAUAAUCAUGGUCCAGCUGCCACCACUUAUACCCACAAUUCUCCUGGUGUUUCUGCUUAUGGUUCUAGCCAAACUGUUCACUACUCACCAGCUGAGAUGGUCUCUCACAUGAGUUUUGAUGGCUUCGGUACUCACUGGGGUUUCUAAAUUGUCUGAUCAAUCAAUCGA